CAGAAGUUACUGAAGUAAUCUGUUACUGCUUGGAGGAGUCCCUCAGCCUGCGAAGCGACUUGCCCUCUUGCGAUUAUUUUUCAUUGUUUCCAAAGCAUCUGAGACUCAUUUCUUGGAGUGGGGUUUUGUACUGUUCUAUCUUGUGUGUGUUCGGUCAGGAAACCAGAACAUGUUUUUCAUAUUCAAAGAAGCUUCAUACCAAAUCUUUCUGUCCUUAAGCCUCUUUAAAACUAGUCUUGAUUACUGGGAUAGAAUUUCACUGUACUUGGAGAUGUGUGGGACUAGGAUUUGGUUGGGAAUAACAAUGUGAAGCUAAUUGUAAGAAUUUAACUGUUGUGUCCAUACUUUUGGUGAUAAUGUUGGUUAUCUGUAUAGCAUUAAACUUAAUUCUUUUACUUAAAUCCUUUUACUAAUGGUGGAUAUGUUUUCAGGCAUUUUUUUUUUAACUUAGUUGACACAAUGACAGACUUUGAAAAGAACCUCCGUGAGGACAUGAUUUCUCAGCUGCAUAAUUUUGCUGCUGUUGGAGAUGCAGCCAAACUGAAAGCAUUGCUCAGUCAUUCUCCAUCACUUGUCAAUGCAGCUGCAGAUAACGGCUGGACAGCCCUGAUGUAUGGUGCCAGAAAUGGACACCUUGAGGUUGUGCAGAUUCUUCUGGAAGAAGGGUGUGACAGGUCCAUCGUUAAUAAAUCAAGGCAGACGGCUCUGGACAUUGCUAAAUUUUGGGGGUACAAGCACAUAGCUAAUUUGUUGGCUAAUGUGAAGGAUGGGCAGAGGCCUAAUUUUCUGUCAAAUGAAGUGAAGGAAUAUGAAAAUUAUUUUGGCUUGACACUUCUGGACAGGAGAAGUGAUAAAAGAACAGAUUCCAAGUGGCUAAGCAAAAAACAAAGCCAUCCAACUACAGUAUACAUCCUCUUCUCGAAUCUAAGUCCUUUGGUUACUUUGGGUGGGGGAAUAGAGAGCUCUCAGCAGCCAGAAGUAAAGCUUUGCAGACUGUACCACAAGGAUGUGGAGCAGUGUAUGAACCAAACUGAAGAAGGCACCUUGAUUUUUCUUGGAGUUGAACUUCAGUUCCACAUGAACCUGCUGGCUGCUUGCAAUGGAAGAGUUCUGCAAGAAGAUGAAGAGGAUGGGUUAGUUGCUUGGUUUGCUCUUAGCGUAGAUUCUGCUUCUGCUGAGAAAUUUAAACAGAAGCAUGAGGACUGUUACUUUCUUCACCCACCAAUGCCAGCACUACUGCAGCUACCUGAAAAAGAAGCUGGAGUAGUAGCCCAGGCUAGAUCUGUUCUAGCAUGGCACAGCCGCUACCGAUUCUGCCCAACAUGUGGGAGUGCAACCAAGAUUGAAGAAGGGGGUUACAAGAAAACUUGCUUAAAAGAAGAUUGUCCCAGUCUCCAAGGUGUUCACAACACAUCAUAUCCAAGAGUUGAUCCUGUUGUGAUAAUGCAAGUCAUCCAUCCAGAUGGGAACCGCUGCCUUUUAGGUAGGCAGAAGAGGUUUCCCCCAGGAAUGUUUACCUGUCUUGCUGGAUUUGUAGAACCUGGCGAAACAAUAGAAGAUGCUGUUCGAAGAGAAGUAGAAGAGGAGGCUGGAGUCAAAGUUGGCCAUGUUCAGUAUGUCUCUUGUCAGCCAUGGCCAAUGCCCUCCUCCCUAAUGAUUGGCUGCUUAGCUGUUGCAGUGUCUACAGAAAUUAAAGUUGACAAGAAUGAAAUAGAGGAUGCCCGCUGGUUCACUAGAGAACAGGUUGUGGAAGUUCUCAUUAAAGGAAACCAGCGUUCUUUCUUUGUACCACCAAGUCGAGCUAUUGCACACCAGUUGAUAAAACAUUGGAUUGGAAUGAAUGCUAAUCUUUAA